AUGUAUAGCCAUCACUACCGGAAGAAAGCCUUGCCGACGUUUCCUGUCGUUGCUGCUUGGAGUCACUGCCGCUGGCCCGGUCGCCUCUCGUCGUUCGUCGGUCGCCGCUAUCCGUCGCCGCUCCAAGGUCGCCGCCGCACACCGUUCACCGGUCGGGCCACAGAGGUCCGUAGUGUUGCCUCCUGCCAGGGAAAAAUGAAGAAAGGGAUUCACCCUCAGCUUCAAUGGAUAUCGUACGUGACCCAAAGUGGCCGUCUGAUGAAUGUGACGAUGACCAAGAUCCAUCAGGUCGGCAAAGUAUACCAUUUCCGAGCAAAAAGGCAGAUGGCCCAAAGCAUUGGCCAGAUUGCAAAAUUUAAACGCCGUUAUGGAGGUAAGGAGGAGGAACCCGAAAAGAAAUGA